AGUCUAUAGAGCGCUUAUCCUUACAACUGAAGACUGAACGUUUCAAUUGUUUGUGGUUGUAAGAAGAGGUAUAUUCAAGUUGUGCGUUACAGUUUUUUGACUUUGAAUAUACUAUGGAAUUUACUAAUGUCUACUUUCAACCGCAUGCUUCAAUAAAAGUUCCUGACCACUAGGAUCUCGCAAUGGUAUAGCUUGUGUAGUAACUUCAUUUUCUUCAUACUAAAACACUCGGCUUUUUAAGAUUGCUUCUGAUCUAUUUCUCCAUUCUGCGGCUUACACAAUGAAUGGGAAAGAUCGAGAAAAUAUUUUCAAGUUAAUAAAGCGUGCUAAGGAACUACAAACUGACGAAGAAAAGAAUCACUUAAGAAAACGAACCGAAGGUCAAUUGCUAAAAUUUACAAAUGUUAUGAAAGGUUACCAGUAUCGUUGGUUUGUGAUAGAUCCAGAUUCAGGAAGGAUAGAAUAUUAUGAGAAAGAAGAUCACAAACGAUCACUUAAACCCCGUGGAGCCCUAAGUCUUAUAUAUGCCUCCAUUUGUCCUUCAGAUGAAGAUUCACAAACCUUUUUUAUUAACGCCGCAAAUGGUGAUUUAUUAAAACUGAAAGCGAUUGAUGCUAAAGAGAGACAAUAUUGGGUAGAUCGUCUUCGAGCAGUUGCUGAAUAUCAUUCAGAGAAAGCUGAACAACAUCCAUUGAUCGCUACUUUAUCUGGGACUUCUGAAUCCUCUAACCAUGUAGAUUCACAAACUACCGGAUCUCAAGUGCCAAAUUCCUCUAAGAGUUCGUAUUUACAGUCAAAUGAAGUUAAUCAUACUAGUGAUCAGUCUACUAAUGGAAAUUUUCCUAUUGCAGACGCUAGUACAUUCCCUGUAUUCUGUCCUGGUCGCCCUUCUGAUCCACGAGUCCAACUUGGAGAAUUAUUUCGUCAGUUAGAGUUGGAAAAUCAUGCACUUUCCACUGUUGUUGAUAGAACCUCCAUUCGAAGUCCAGAAAUUACAGAUGUAUUCAAAAAUCUUCUUUUAUCAAAAGCAACAAGUCAAGCAACAUUAGAUUGUUUAAAACGUUGUAUGGAAUUGAUCAAACAUCAAGAGAUAACAAGUAUAGUAGAAAAUGGUAAAAUGGCUAAAUCGUAUAUUUCAAAUACUACAGACAGUACAAGUUUGUAUCCUAGUGUAUUUAGUACUGUGGUUGACUCAUCUGAAACUUACAAAAUCAAUGAUAUGAAUAUUUCUAAUGGCCUUUCAAGUAGUGUUGAACUAUCAGAAGAAAUGAAGAAUAUUCUUUCUACAUUUCCAUCGCCUAUAAAAGAUAUGCAAAUUAAUUACAAAGAUAUACCAAACGAUGUAGAUGAAAUCGAUGAUAAUCUUAAUGAUAACAAUGAAGCUUUUGCUAAUAAUAGUGAUAAUAAUAGUUCACAAAAACAAAUUAUAAAUUCAUAUAAUGAUGAUGACGAAAAUGAUGAUCAUAAUAAAAAAGUCAUUUUACACUUACUUUCUCAAUUAAAAAUUGGUAUGGAAUUAACUAAGGUAGUUUUCCCUACGUUUAUUUUGGCGGAAUAUUCUUUGCUAGAAAUGUUUGCUAAUUAUAUGGCCCAUCCGAAUUUGUUUUGCAGCAUUACUGACUAUGUAGAUCCUGAAUGGCGUAUGAUAGCAUUUAUUCAAUGGUAUCUUACUACAUUUCAUUCUGGACAUCUGGAUACAAUUGCCAAAAAGCCAUAUAAUCCUAUUAUUGGUGAGACGUUUCAUUGUAGUUGGAUUGUACCACCAGAUCAACUAAACAGUGAAUCAUGUUUAUCAGAAAUAAAUAAAGAUACGUGUAAAAUGUCCACCACCACAAAAAACAACUACAAUGUACCCGUAGUUAUAAGAUAUUGUGCUGAACAAGUUUCUCAUCAUCCAUCUGUUACUGUCUUUCAAUUUUCUUGUCCUAUCAAACAAAUGAAAUUGACUGGUUCAUUGUGUACUCAGUCUAAAUUCCAAGGCAUGAGUGUUUGUGCAGCAGUGUUAGGCAAAUUAAUAUUGAAACUUGGUGAGCAUAAUGACGAAGAGUAUCACUUUUCCCUGCCUACGGUAUACGCUAGAUCAAUUUUAACAGUACCUUGGGUUGAAUUCGGUGAUAAAGUCUUUGUCACAUGCCCUCAAACUGGCUAUUCAGCUGUUAUCUCAUUUUUAACUAAGCCACAUUAUGAAGAUAAACUACAUUGUAUCACUGGAGAAAUUUACAUACACACAGUAUUUCUCCAACUUCAUCUGAUCGUUCAGCCAAAGGGCCUGGGUCAUCACCAUUAAGUUCAGUUGGAAAUAGCAAUCAUUUAAUUGCACGUAUUUCUGGUGAAUGGAAUAAUAUUAUCAAUUUUGAAGUUUUUAAUAAGAAUUUAAAUAAAUGGUCAGUGAAUGUCAAUCAAUUGCCUGUUUUCUCAAAACAUAUACGUCCUAUUGAAUAUCAACAACCAGAAGAAUCUCGUCGUUUAUGGCAAAAUGUUACUAAAGCUUUACAAUUAAAAAAUUUUAAUUUGGCUACAGAGAAAAAACAAGAACUUGAAGAGCGACAACGUUUAAGUGAGAAAUAUCGAGCAUUGUAUAAAUUCGCUUUCCCAGUCAAAUACUUCACAUGGUAUGAAAACUCUUGGAUAUUCAAAACCACUUGUAAUCAAUAAUUUACAUGGAAAUAAUACUAGAAAGUAUUUUGCCAAUAUAUAUAUAUAUAACUUUGUAUUUCGUACCUUAAUUGUUAAUGAUUUUUUGUUUCCCUCUUUUUCUAUGUUCUGUUUCUUUUUUUUUUUGUGUAUUUACUACUGAUUUCUUUUUAUCCAUCCAUCUAAAAUAUGUACACUUAUUUUGAUAAUGAGCAUCAUAAGAUAAUUUACACCCUGUUGAAUUAUUCAUUUAACCGUGUUCCAGUUUAGCAGCAUCAAUAGAG